AGUCAGCCAACGUGCUUAGUCUCAGAAGUCAAAAACAAUCAUUAUGGACACUUUUAAAGAAAAUAACAAAAUUUUUAAAUUAUACUUAAUGCACUGAGGAUGUGUUUUAAGCCGCUCCUUGGUAUAAAUAGAUUUACAAAACAGUUUAAUAAGUGGCUAAAUCGUAGUACUAUAAGUACAGCCUCAAUUGUGGUCCAAUAUCACGAUGAACCCGACAAAUCAGAUGGUGACAAGAAGCUUUAUCGUGCCUUGAGCUUAUCAAAUGGAUUACGUGCCAUUCUAAUAUCUGAUCCUCAUAAUGAAGAACCAUCAAUCCCUCAAGUUUCCAGCGAAAGUAUAACCUCAUCAAUUGAGCAUUUUCAAGGUAAAUUAGCUGCAUGUGCUGUACUAGUGGGUGUUGGAUCAUUUAGUGAACCUCGACAAUACCAGGGAUUAGCUCAUUUUGUGGAACAUAUGAUAUUCAUGGGAUCUGAGAAGUUUCCUGUUGAGAAUGAAUUCGAUUCGUUUGUAACGAAAAGCGGUGGCUUUAGUAAUGCCCAUACUGAAAAUGAGGAGACUUGUUUCUACUUUGAGGUGGAUGAAAAUCAUCUUGACAAGUGCAUGGAUUUAUUUAUGAAUUUGAUAAAGGCUCCAUUGAUGCUCCCAGAUGCCAUGAAUCGUGAACGAUCUGCGGUACAAUCGGAGUUCGAACAGACCAUCAUGAGUGAUGAAGUUCGUAGAGAUCAGAUUUUGGCCAGCUUUGCUACUGAUGGGUAUCCACAUGGCACCUUUAGCUGGGGUAAUUUUAAGUCGCUUCAAGAGGGCGUUGAUGAUGGGCAGUUGCACGAGGCACUUCACAAUUUUUGCCGUAAUCAUUAUGGCUCUAAUCGAAUGGUAGUAGCAAUUCAAGCUCAGCUUUCCCUAGAUGAAUUGGAGGAAUUACUCAAACGACAUUGCUCAGAUAUACCCACUAGCCAGGAGAAUGCCAUCGAUAUAGCCAAGUUUAAUUACCAAACUGCUUUUAGAGAAGAGUUCAUUAGGGAUUUGUUUCUAGUACAACCCGUUGAAGAUGUUUCCAAAAUAGAGUUCACCUGGGUUUUGCCACCAAUGAUGAACUUUUAUCGCAGUAAACCGGAUUCAUUUAUUUCCCAACUUCUUGGCUACGAAGGAGUAGGCAGCCUGUGUUCCUAUCUACGACGUCGUCUUUGGUGUAUUAGCGUAAUGGCAGGAGUUGGUGGAAGUAGUUUUGAUACAAACUCGAUAUACUCCUUGUUUAAUAUAUGUAUUUACCUUACUGACGAUGGAUUUGAUCACCUGGACGAUGUCUUAGAGGCUACAUUUACCUGGAUAAAACUCAUAAUCAAUAGCGAAAAGCUGUCGGCUUCCUACAAAGAAUUCCAACAAAUAGCUGAUAAUAAUUUUCGAUUUCAAAUUGAAAUGCCUUCGAUUGAUAAUGUUCAAAGCAUUGUUGAAAACUACAAUAAACUGCCAUCGAAAGAUGUUCUCACAGGAACUCAGCUUUAUUUCCAAUACGAUGAAUCCGAUAUAGAGCUUCUAAAACAGCAUUUAAAUAAAUUUAAUUUUAAUAUAAUGAUCACUUCGUAUAUGCCGUUUAAUGGAAAUGAUUACGAUCAGAAGGAACCAUGGUUUGGCACUCAAUACAAGACCGUUGCCAUGCCUUCAAAAUGGAUCAGCAUGUGGGAACAACCAGCCGAAUUGAAGGAAUUACAUUAUCCGGAACCGAAUCCAUUCGUAACAACUGAUUUUACACUUCAUUGGAUAGAAGCGGGUAAACCACAUAUCUCAAGAAGUCCCAAAGCUCUGGUCAGAAAUGAUUUAUGUGAACUGUGGUUUCGCCAGGAUAACAUUUUUCAACUACCCGAUGGGUAUAUUAACCUUUACUUUAUAACACCUCUGGUAAAGGAGAGUGUUAAACAGUAUAUGCUAGGUGUACUUUAUACCUAUUUAGUAGAGUUCACAAUAGCUGAGCAGCUGUAUCCAGCCUUGGAAGCAGGAUUAACCUAUGGUCUUUACAUUGGUGAUAAAGGCUUGGUCAUGCGAGUUAGUGGCUACAAUGAAAAGCUGCCCCUCUUGAUAGAAAUCAUUUUAAAUAUGAUGAAAACCAUAGAACUGGACUUGGAUCAGGUGAACUCGUUUAAGGAUCUUAAGAAGCGGCAAAUAUAUAAUGCUCUGAUUAACGGAAAAACUCUCAACAUGGAUUUACGUCUAAGCGUAUUGGAAAAUCAACGCUUUACCAUGAUAUCGAAAUAUGAGGCCAUUGAUGCCAUAACAAUAGAUGACAUCAAAAGCUUUAAGGAGAAUUUUCAUAAAAGAAUGUAUAUAAAAGGCUUAAUGCAAGGAAAUUUCACUGAAGAUCAAGGAAAAGACUUAAUGCAGAAAAUUCUAGCAGCAUAUAACAGUGAAAAAGUGGAAAAUCUAUCAGCAUUAGAUAAUAACUUAUUACAAAUUCCUCUGGGCUCACAUUAUCUAAGGGCCAAAACGCUUAAUGAAGGCGAUUCGAAUACCAUUAUUACAAAUUACUAUCAAAUAGGACCUAGUGAUUUGAAACUGGAAUGCAUAAUGGAUCUGGUAGAGUUAAUAGUGGAGGAGCCAUUUUUCAACCAAUUAAGAACUCAAGAGCAACUUGGUUACAGUCUGGGCAUACAUCAACGGAUUGGCUAUGGCGUCAUGGCUUUUGUAAUCACUAUAAACACCCAAGAGACUAAGCAUAAGGCUGACUAUGUUGAGGAGCGUCUGGAAACCUUUAGGUCUCGAAUGUCUGAUCUCGUCUCACAGAUGAGUGAUGAGGAGUUUCAGGGUAUUCGGGAUACUCUAAUAAGUGGGAAGAGACUUGGCGACACUAGCUUGGAUGAGGAAGUCAUGAGAAAUUGGAGUGAAAUCGUUACCAAAGAAUAUUUCUUUAAUCGCAUGGAAAUGCAAAUACAAACUCUUCAGAAUUUAACAAAAGAAGAUGUUCUGAAUUUCCUAAAUGAUUAUGAUAAAAAUAAUCUAAGAAAACUCUCCGUGCAAGUUGUGGGAAAGCAUACUCAGCCCUCGAAUUCAACAACCCAAGCUAAUUCGGAAGUAUCCAGUCGUUCAGGAUCUUUGAUGGACUUAAAUGAUGGACAAGGUGUAAAUCAGCCCAUGACUGAAAAAAUCAAACUAGAGUUUUUGGGAGAAAGUGACAACCCUUCACACAUUAAGGACAUUUCUGCCUUCAAAAAAUCUCUUUAUGUCUAUCCAGUGUUCAAUACCAAUCCAAACCUUGCAAAUAAAUCUUAAGUUUUUAAGUUUUAUA